GUCCCCCCUCUGCCAGGGCAAGGACGCCCGAGGGAGGGCUUCGAAACCAUGCUUCCGGACUGACGCUCGUUGGCGAGAGAGAGAGAGAGCGAGCCGAGCCAUGGAGAAGGAGGCGGCGACGGGCCACAGGCGGCAUCGGCCCCCGCCGGGAACCGCCGCCAUCCCGGUGGUCUCCGGUCUCCACAGGGUGGUCACGGAAGCCUCCGAGCUGCAGAGGAGCAAGACCGAAGAGGCCUUCCCUCAGAAGAGGGACAGAGCCAGUCCGGCCAAGUCGCUGUUGCAGGAGAUCGCUGAGGAGUUGGAAAAAGAGCCCAGAGUUGAAGUGGAGGAUGCUAGCUGCCAGGUGAACUUAGAGGAUGAAAAGGACAAGGACCCAAGUGCACUAAAAACGGUGGAGAGAAAGGCAGGGGAGAAAGAAGAGGAGGAGGAGGAAGGUGAAAAUGAGGAGGAAGAGGAGGAGGGAGAUCCAGAGAAAGAAAAGAACAGAAAACAUUCCCUUGAAGAAGUGCACGCGGAAGCUGAGGAAAGUGACCCCGAGUUGUCCCGGCCAGACGACCUCCUGCUUGAAAAAGAUGGCAGCUCUUGCCUCCUUCAGAAACGGCACCCUGUGUUUGUGGAGAUUGAUUUACGAGACCACGUCGAGGAGAAUAUCGAAAGAAUCUUGGCGGAAGGAGAGACCAACGAGAAGGACGAGGGAGAGGGGUCUGAUGAAGAUGAUGCGGCAGGCCCAGGAGCAGCUGGAUGUGCUGUUUCCCCGUGUCGGCAAAGAAGAAACCCAAAGACAGAGGCCUGUAGCCAAUCCAGAAGAGAGACUCGCCCCCAGGAGCCCAAGACCACCCGGCCAGCGGGCACACGCCCCGACAUGGCAGGCGGACCUCCAGUAGAGCUACUCCACACCCCUGUUUUUCCACAAAGAAUUAAAUUCCAAGGAAACCCGCGGGAAUGGGGGAUGCGUGUCUCUGUUUGGCCUCACUCAUCUGCUACUACAACCCACUUCGCUCCUCAACUGCAACCUGCUCACCCUUUUAUUAAUGAUCCGCCUGGACCAAACGGGGACCUGAGACCGCAACUAUUCGCUUAUUCCGGGGACGGAGCCCAGCAGCUGCAUCUGGAAAAACAAAUCCCUCUGCCGGCCUUCUCCCAGAGAGCCGACCGCUCUACCAAAACGCUCCUGGCCAAAAGUCAGAAGCACGCAUCUGGCAAGAUGAACUAUGAUAGAAACAAGUUGUUGCCUCGGAGCCAGGGAGAACUGGAAUCUGGAGAGCCAAGAAAAUCCAAAUAA